AUGACCAUCACGGACGUCACCGAGCCGCUAGGCUUCGAGCCCCGCGACCACGGUCUCGUACCUCGCCGUGCCCACGACGCCGCCUUUGCCGAUGGCAAGCUGACCUUCACCUCCCGGCGUGGCACCGAGUCCGUCCGCCCGGAAGAAGUCGUCUUCAUCAUCCCUGCCCACAAAGAUCUCGCCUCGAGCCCCAUCAUCUGCGCUCUCCGAGAGGACCCCGAGUCCAAGGAUUUCCCUUAUCAGCUUGACAUUCUUGUCGUCGACGGCCAAGUACCUACCGAUCUCACCGACGGCCUCUUGCUCUCACGCUUCCCGGAGCAUCUCAGCCCCAAGCCCGGCAGCCAUGAGGUGCACUUUGUUGUAUCCACCAAGUCCGGCCUGGGCUAUGCGCCAAAGCUUUGGGAGGGUGUCGUCCAGCCCUUGGUCCUCCUCGCUGGUCAAAAGUUGCCCGGAGGCCGGCCGUCGGCUUUUGCUCCAGGGCCAACUACCCAGGAUGCCGAUGACGACAAGCCCAGGUACAGUCUCUUGGUAACUGAGGACGCAGACAGCGUCCGCCGCUUUGCGAAAGAGAGGUGGGCCGCAAGACCACAAACCGCAUCGAACGGUGCCUCCCCUGCCAAGACCGAGACCAUUGUCCUCCUGAGUGGUGACGGAGGCAUCGUUGACCUCCUCAACGGAUGCGAGGAGACGGAUUCCGUAACCGUUCUGCCGACCCUCGCCCUCCUGCCGCUGGGCACCGGAAACGCCGCCUUUCACUCUCUCCACAAGCCCCUGUACGCCGAGACCGGCCCAUCGCCCGUGGUCCUCGGCCUGCGCACUCUCUUCUUCGGCGUCCCGGCCCCGCUUCCCGCCUUCCGCGCCUCCUUCUCCCCGGGUUCCAAGUUGGUCUCCUACACGGCGGACCCGGGCGCCCACGGCCCCGAGCAUGUGUCCCGCCACGACACGAGCGUCGACCACCUCUUUGGCGCCGUCGUCGCCAGCUACGGCUUCCACGCGCAGCUCGUCUGGGAGAGCGACACGCCCGAGUACCGCAAGCACGGCGACAAGCGGUUCGGCAUGGUGGCCCAGGAGCUGCUCAAGGAGAGCCACGCAUACGCCGCCAAGGUGGAGGUGCGUGGUCCAGAUGGCGGCACGCGUCCCGUUGCACGGGGAAAGUUCGCCUACGCCCUCGCGGCGUUAGUAUCGAACCUAGAGAAGACGUUCACCAUCUCCCCCGGCAGCGGGCCGCUGCAGGGCCGGCUGAAGCUCGUGCACUUCGGCGCUGUCGGCGGCGAGAAGACGAUGGAGAUCAUGAUGGCGGCCUACAACCAGGGCUCCCACGUGGGCAUGCGGUGGGCCGACGAGGAGGGGAGGGAGGAUUACCUCGGGUACGAGGACGCCGAGGAGCUGCGUGUGACGACUGGGGAGGCCGACCCCCGGUGGAGGAAGGUCUGCGUCGACGGGACCAUUGUGGAGAUUCCCGAGAGCGGGUGGAUGGCCGUUUCCAAACUGAAGAGGCCGUUGUUCAACAUCCUUGCCGACCGAUCGAUCUUGUAG